CGCCCACAGCACUGUAAACAAACGCACCCAAGAGCAGCUGGAGUGCCAGCCAGCAAUAGUGUAUAAGUAGCUUCUGCGCCCCUUUUUCCUCUUAUAAACACCGGAGCAAGGCUAUAGGAAUCACAACACAUCCGCGGCCAAACACUCUCUCGUCCACUCCCUUACGCACCUCCAUUUCUUCGCCCGGAACUCGAAUCGGAGCCCCUCAUUUUCCCCCAAAAAUCUCACUGUCGCCAUUGCCGAUCAAGACUUCAUGCCCAGUUCCAUCUCGUGUCACGCUUCUCACUAGCCCGCAAAUCCACCGAUCGGUUCAAUUUCUCGGCGCGCCAUGGCGCUCUCGGCUUCCGACCUCCCGGCCAUGUACUCGCUGCUCACCAAUUCCCUCAGCGCCGAUGAGAGCGUGCGCAAGCCGGCGGAGGCCGCGCUCUCGCAGUCCGAGAGUCGCCCUGGGUUCUGCUCUUGUCUCAUGGAGGUGAUAACUGCCAAAGAUUUAGCGGCUCAGGUGGAUGUUCGGUUGAUGGCUUCAGUGUAUUUCAAGAAUGGCGUUAAUCGAUAUUGGAGGAACAGGCGUGAUUCCUCAGGAAUUAGCAAUGAAGAGAAAAUACAUUUGAGACAAAAGCUGUUGUUGCACUUACGAGAAGAGAACUAUCAGAUAGCUCUUAUGUUGGCUGUGCUCAUCUCAAAAAUAGCUCGGAUUGAUUAUCCCAAAGAAUGGCCAGAGCUCUUUUCUGUUUUGGCGCAACAGCUGCAAUCAGCAGAUAUUCUUACAUCCCACAGGAUUUUUAUGAUUCUGUUCCGAACCUUAAAGGAAUUGUCUACUAAACGUCUUACUUCAGACCAAAGGAACUUUGCAGAGAUAUCAUCUCAUUUCUUUGACUACAGCUGGCGCCUUUGGCAGAGCGAUGUGCAAACCAUACUUCGUGAUUUCUCUGCACUUGCUCAGUGCAUUAGCUCAGAUGCUUCAGAGCAGCAUCAGGGUGACCUUUAUUUGAUAUGUGAAAGAUGGUUGUUGUGUUUAAAGAUAAUUCGUCAAUUAAUCAUUUCAGGAUUUCCAAGUGAUGCUAAAUGCAUGCAGGAGGUCCGACCGGUCAAGGAGGUCUCACCUGUGCUCUUGAAUGCCAUUCAGUCAUUUCUUACAUACUAUUCAUCCUUUCAAACACAGUGUCCUAAAUUUUGGGACUUCAUAAAGAGGGCAUGUACUAAAUUGAUGAAGGUUUUAGUCGCAUUUCAGACCAGACAUCCUUAUUCAUUUGGUGAUGAGUGUGUCCUCCCACCUGUCAUGGAUUUCUGUUUAAAUACGAUAUCUGAUCCUGAGCAUGAUAUACUAUCCUUCGAGCAAUUCCUGAUUCAAUGUAUGGUGAUGGUGAAGUCCAUACUGGAAUGUAAAGAAUACAAGCCAAGCCUUACUGGCCGCGUGAUAGAUGAAAAUCGGGUUACAAUAGAGCAGAUGAAGAAAAAUAUUUCCAGUAUUGUUGGUGGUGUCCUUACUUCCCUUUUGCCCAAUGAACGAAUAGUAUUGUUGUGUAACAUAUUGAUAAGAAGGUAUUUUGUUUUAUCAGCAAGUGAUUUGGAGGAGUGGUACCAGAAUCCUGAGUCUUUUCAUCAUGAGCAGGAUAUGGUUCAGUGGACCGAAAAAUUGAGACCAUGUGCUGAAGCUUUGUAUAUUGUUUUGUUUGAAAACCACAGCCAACUGCUGGGUCCUGUUGUUGUUUCCAUCCUUCAAGAGGCCAUGCGUGGUUGCCCAACCUCAGUCACUGAAAUCACUCCAGGGUUGCUUCUUAAAGACGCUGCUUAUAGCGCUGCGGCACAUGUUUAUUAUGAGCUUUCCAACUACCUGAGCUUCAAAGAUUGGUUUAAUGGUGCUUUAUCUUUGGAACUGUCAAAUGAUCAUCCAAAUAUGCGCAUCAUCCAUCGGAAAGUGGCACUGAUACUGGGGCAAUGGGUUUCUGAGAUUAAAGAUGACACAAAGAGAUCAGUGUAUUGCGCCUUGAUCAGAUUGCUUCAGGAAAAAGACCUAUCUGUUAGACUGGCAGCCUGUCGGUCUCUAUGUUUUCAUAUUGAAGAUGCGAACUUUUCAGAGCAAGGUUUUACUGAUCUUCUUCCAAUCUGCUGGGAUUUAUGUUUCAAGUUGAUUGAGGAAGUCCAGGAAUUUGACUCAAAAGUUCAGGUUUUGAAUUUGAUCUCUACUCUUAUUGGAAGAGGAAAUGAAGUCAUUACAUUUGCCGACAAGUUGGUGCAAUUUUUUCAAAAGGUCUGGGAGGAAUCUUCUGGUGAAAGUCUUCUACAAAUUCAACUUCUUAUUGCACUACGGAGCUUUGUGACUGCACUUGGCUAUCAAUCACCCAUUUGCUACAAGCUCAUAUUACCCAUUCUGCAAAAGGGCAUUGAUAUAAAUAGUCCAGACGAACUGAAUCUUUUGGAGGACAGCUUGCAGUUAUGGGAAGCUGUACUUUCAAAUGCUCCCUCAAUGGUGCCUCAACUACUAGCAUACUUCCCUUGUUUAGUGGAAGUCAUUGAAAGAAGUUUUGAUCACUUGCAGGUUGCUGUUCAUAUCACUGAGGGUUACAUAAUUUUGGGUGGAACUGAGUUCUUAAGUAUGCAUGCUUCUAGUGUUGCUAAACUUCUUGAUUUGAUUGUUGGAAAUGUUAAUGAUAGAGGCCUGCUUUCAACUCUUCCAGCCAUUGAUAUACUAAUCCAGUGUUUCCCUAUGGAAGUGCCUCCACUGAUCAGCAGUGCUUUGCAGAAAUUAGUCGUCAUAUGUUUGACUGGAGGAGAUGAUCAUGAUCCUUCUAAGACAGCGGUAAAAGCAUCAGCAGCAGCCAUCCUUGCAAGGAUUUUAGUAAUGAAUAGUAAUUACCUUGCCCAAUUAACAUCACAGCCAUCACUUAUGUUGCUCCUCCAGAAGGCCGGUUUCCCAGCUGAAGAAAAUAUACUUCUCUGUCUGAUUGACAUUUGGCUUGAGAAGGUUGACAAUGCAUCCUCAGCUCAAAGAAAGAUGUUUGGUUUAGCCCUUUCUAUCAUUCUAACCCUAAGAUUACCUCAAGUUCUUGAUAAACUUGAUCAGAUCCUAAGUGUAUGUACAAGUGUAAUUUUGGGAGGAAAUGAUGAUUUAACAGAGGAAGAAUCCAGUGGUGACAACAUGAGCUCCAGCAGGUCUCAGAAUGAAGGACCUGUUCCAAGUAAAGAGUUCAAGAGAAGGCAGAUAAAGUUUUCAGACCCUAUCAAUCAGUUGUCAUUAGAAACGUCAGUGAGAGACAAUCUUCAGACAUGUGCCGCUCUUCAUGGAGAGUCUUUUAAUUCAGCUAUUGGUAGGAUGCAUCCUGCAGCAUUUGCACAAUUGAAGCAAGCAUUAAAGAUGCCAUAGCAUGUGGUGUACUCUUCUAAAAUCAGUCUUCUCGUGUCGAUGGCGUCUCAAAUUUUUCCUUCUUCCGAUAACUUGUGAAGAUUAUAGGUGACAUUGAAGGUUUUAUUUACUUUGUGUGGCUUGGUGCUCUCAAUCAUUUUUAAUGUUUCUUAAUUGUUUGGGCUGGGUUCCAUUUCCAGUUUAUAUGUUAAAUUUCAUUUGUUGUAAAUGCUUCUUUGGGCUGUAAAUAGGCUUGACCCUUUGCUUGGCCUAGCAUUCAAGGCCUAAGGGUCCCAAGAUUUUGUCAUUGACCUUGAGAAUUUCACAGAAACAUGAAAGAUUAAAGAGGAAGAAAUGUACAAGGUUUUUAUUUACUCAUGUUCAGAUUUUGCUAA